AAGGAAAAAAUUAUUGUGUAACAAUAUUUUAUUGUUUUUAUCUUUUUUUUUUUUCAUGAAAGAAAAAUUUGUUUACUGCGUUUUGUCUAAGCAGAAUACAGAAUUAUUGCUCGAUAAAAAAUUGCUGCAAUUCUAUAUUAGAUAAGAAAAAUAAUCUUCGAAUUUUCGUACACACAAACGUAUACAUUUUAAGCACAGACUGGUGGUCAAAGUCUCGUAGAGUGAAAAUAGAUAACAAGUAAAAGAGGGUAAACCAAAUGAAGUAGAACAAAACAGAGACUAGGUCGGUUGUGCAGUAAAAAAUAAAGGAACACUAAAACUAAAUUAUUAGAUAAAUUAAAAAAAAAAAAAAAACUAUCGUCAAAUUAACUUAGUUGCGGGUAAAAUAUUGCCUUAUUCGGUAGUGGACGAUAAAACAAAUAGGAUUACUAUUGGUUUUAAACAACGCAAUAAGCGUUAAUUAGUUGAAGAGAAACUAAAAAAAGAAAAUGGAUGAUACCAAUACAACUGCUACGUCUACAGCGGCAGCUGUGGCUGACGGAGCCACUACUAAAAUUCUAGACACACCUAGCAAAACUAAUAGCAUUACCACUCCAAAAACAACCUCAUCAACAAGUGUAAAAUUGUUAAUUAAAGCAUCAAAUCAACAACACGAUGACAUGACGGUCGACUGCGAUUUAUUAUGGACCGUUAAGAAUUUAAAGGCCCACUUGUCAUGGGUGUAUCCCAGCAAACCUCCAGUUACCGAUCAGAAGUUAAUAUAUUCGGGCCAAUUAUUAAAUGACAGUUUGAUGUUAAAAGACGUCAUACGUAAUUACAAAGAUGUUUAUACCCAUAAUCAUAUAAUACAUUUGGUGUAUUCAAGUAAAAACGCUUAUAAGCCUGUGACAAAUCUAAAAAGCAAAACACAAUUAAAUACGUCGACGCUGGCUGACGGAGCUAAUAGUAACAUGUCAUCAUCUCUUGAUGGUUUAAGGCAAAGGCAAACAGCUUCUGCUAACCAACAGCAGCAGCAGCACCAGCAGCAACAGCAGCAUCAACGGCAACAACCACAGCGACAAGAGCAGCAGCAGCAGCAGCAGCAACAAUUACCCAACAUAACCAUGCCGCAAACGCAAUUUAUGCCACAUCUAUUAACUGCUGGCCUACGUUGUCCCCAAAUGGGUGAACAAUAUAAUAUGCAGGCAUUCGCCACUCAACAAGUGGCGAUGUACAAUUGGAUGCAACAGAUAUAUUCGCAAUAUAUGCAACAGUGUUUGCGGUUAUCGAAUAUGGCGACUGGUAUUAGUGACGGCGAAACGGUCGAUUCCGCGAAUACCCCAUCUGCAGCAGCGUUUACGAAUCCCUUUUUCCUACAGCAAUAUGCUUUUAAUGUGAAUACGCCACCUGUGAUAGUACCCCUGGGGCAAAUCCCAGCGACUACCAAUUCGAUUACUAAUGCCCCUGUUGACGCCGCUAAUGGCGUAGCGGAUCAACAGAGACCGCCGGUAGCGCCAGCACCAGAAUUGCAGCAGGUGCAAGCGCCAGCGGUUGCUCCACGUUUUCCCAAUAUAGCUCAAGAUGAUCAGGAGAACCGUGAUUGGUUAGAUAGUUUGUUUUCUGUCAUUCGUUUCAUGUUAUUCUUAACUAUUUUGUAUAUUAACUCUUCGCCUCUGAGAUGUUUAAUGGUCUUUAUUAUAGCCGCUGUUAUAUACUGUUAUCAUAUUGGAGUGUUUCGUAUACGACAAGAGCGUAAUAAUAAUAAUUUAAACCGCAACAAUAAUGCGGCUGUAGCAGCUGCCAAUGCUGUCGAUCAGAUACGUCAAGGUAUUGAACAACAGCAACAGCAACAAGUUGUUGAUGCCGGCGCCGCAGUGCCUGGUCAGGCUAACGAUAUUCAAAAUCAAGAAAACAUUGGGCAAAAUAUCGAUGCAGAUGCAGCCGGCGAUUCUAAUCGCUUGCCGUCUCACGGCAAUAAUACAGAAAACCCAAAUACUGCUAAUGUUUCCGAACAAGCCGGUUCGCUCUCCUCCGCUCUUUCAUUUGUACGCACUUUUGUUGUAACGUUCUUUACCUCCCUACUGCCGGAAAUGCCGGCAGUUUAAAAUGUUAUCAUUAAACGCUCUUUUUCUUAUGGUUAUAUUCCGAAAAAAAAAAAAAAAACAAAAACAAAAAAGAAAAAGAAAACGUGAUCGAUAUGCUUGCUUAACGUAAUAAAUAGCUUAUAUUUGCUAAAAUAUUUUUAUAUGUUUAUAAGUAAACUUGUCGAUGACUUUUCUUUUUUACUUCAUGUUUGUAAGCAUUAUUUAUUUGUUGGAACUUUAAACUGUACAAGAGGUCUAAGAUCUAAUAAUUCCCAACAAUUUUUUCAAAAUUGUUAGUUUCUUAUUUAAUUAAUUGUUUUAGAUUUAAUUGUUAGCAAGUCAUGGAAAAGUUACUUCAAUGAAAAAUUAUAAACAAAUUCAA